AUGACUGAGAAUACUUUUAGUCAACCACAGACGUGGACACGGUCUCGGGUAAUAAAUUUAUCACUACAUGUAAAUUAAUAGUAGCUUUUUAGAUUUUGUUCAGUGCUCUAGCCGCUAGGAUAACUUUGGUUCUUUAUUCGCAUAUUCACGAUUAUAUUUUCAAGGUAGUAGGUGCAUUCAAAUUUUUUGAAAUGUCAAAAUUCAGGUCAAUUUCACGGAUAUCGACUAUCACGUUUUUUCUGAUGCUGCUCGUCAUGUUUGGAAAGGCGGAAGCCCAUACGACAGGCCAACUUACAGGUAUGGUCAUUAUAGAAAAAAGUUCCCUGAAAACACUCGAAAGCGGCAAUUCUAUAGGUACACUCCGGCAUUAGCAUGGAUUCUUCUUCCUGUGGUGAAUUUCCCAGACUUCGGUAGUGAUAUCGAAAGUUUUCAAUUUUAUCAAAUGCUUAAGGCAAACUUCUCUUUUGUUUUUGCGAUAUCUUCGUAGCGUGGAUUAUGCUUCAAGUUCUGGACCGGCAGGAGCUUCAACAUAAGAAAGAAUCAACGAAAGUGUGUUCCCAUUCUUUUCAAUAAAUUUUUCCUAGGGCGGCUCUCUCGCUUAAUUAUGUAGUGGUAACGUUUACCCAGUUUGCAUUUUCAGAAUACAACAUCUGAAAAUAAUAAAAAAAUUUGUUUACUUGACGAUCAAGUAAAACUAGUGGUCCUUUUCUGGCUGGCGAAUCCACUAACUGCCAUAAUUUCCGCGAGGUUUCUUUUUCAAUAAUUUUUUGUUUUUUGCAAUGGUUAUUUAGAGGGAAUGCUGAGGCGAUUGUGGCUGCAGCUGUUCUUCUCACGAUUCUGCUACUUCAGACGGGAUAUGUGAGAUAAAGGGUAUUUUUUUCCUUCUAAACAACGGUUGCAGUGGAAAACAGCGGCUUUAGUACACGGAGCUCUCGCAAUUCACUUGAAAAUCUAUCCGUUGAUUUAUUUACCUUCAGUUUUCUUGCAGUUGUCGUCUUACGGUAAACAGAAAGGUAGGAAUAUAGUUUUAAUUUUGCCUUUUCUUUUGUAAAUCCUAACUCUUUCAGACUUUUCGUCUAAGUUCAAAGCCUUGUUGUUUAACUGGAAAGGGCAUGUCUACCUGAUUGUAAGCUGAUAUUACCAAUUUUUUCCACUACUUUUUAAUUUGAAGAUAACAUUGUCUUCUUUCGCUGCAAUCGUUCUUUUUUUCUAUCAAAUUUAUGGAGAUACGUUUCUCGAAGAAUUUCUGCUUUAUCAUGUCAAAAGACGGGAUAUAAAGCACAAUUUUUCGCCUUAUUUCUAUCCUCUAUACUUGGUGGAAGGUGAGUGUUUGUUACAUCCGAUUAAUUAUGAACUCAAUCAAAAAAUAUUUUUCUCAGGAAUUGAAUGUUGUUUUCAGGAAACGAGUUCUUGUCCAAAUUGA